CUACACCAUUGCCACUGCCACUGACAGCGGCGGCGCCAUGAAGCAACGACGACUCUGCUCGCCGGCCUCGCUCGCUCACGCCGCACUCCUCGCGGCGGCGGCGGUGGCGCUCCUCCCGCUCGCCGCCGGCCAGCCCUGGCCGACCUGCGGCUCCAGCGGCACGUACAAGGCGGGCAGCACGUACGAGUCCAACCUCCACGACCUGGCGGUGGCGCUCCGGGCCACCGCCGCCUCCUCGCCGACGAAGCUCUUCGCCGCGGGCACCCGCGGCGGCGCCCCCGAUGCCGUCUACGGCCUCCUGCUCUGCCGCGGCGACGUCAGCGUCUCCGACUGCUACGACUGCGGCACGAGGGCGAUCCGCGACGUGGGGCGCGCCGUCUGCCGCCGCGCGAAGGACGAGGCCCUCGUCUACAACCAGUGCUACGCCCGGUUCUCUGACCGGGUCGACUUCCUCGCCGCCAGCGACAACUCCGGCGGGGAGACGCUCCUCAUCAGCGGCACCAACAUCAGCAGCGCCGACGUCGCCGGCUACGACCGCGCCGUGACCGACCUGCUGGCGGCCACCGUGCGGUACGCCGUGGAGAGCAACACGGCGAGGCUGUUCGCCACGGGGCAGCGCGUGGGCGCCGACCCGGGCUUCCGCAACAUCUACUCCAUGGCGCAGUGCUCGCCGGACAUUUCGCCGGCGGCGUGCCGCAGGUGCCUCGAGGACGUGCUGGGACGGUGGUGGCAGCUUUUCCCGCUCAACGGCGAGGGCGCGAGGGUCGCCGGCGGGAGGUGCUACCUGAGGUCGGAGCUGGGCGUUGGGCCAUUCUACACCGGAGCGCCGAUGGUGCUCCUGCGGGCCGAUGGGCUCUAGCCUAUGCAUUUGCCAUCGUUAUAAUAAGCCUCUCCAACAAAAGUUUAGGAGAAAUGACGGCUCCUACCAAAAUAUAAGAGCCCAUGUAAUGUAAUGCAACUUGGUAACUAUGUUUUGUGUUAUCUACCUAAAA